UUACAAAUUAAAAAUGUCCGAAGACGAUAUCGGUAUUGUUAUUGAUAAUGGCUCAAAGUGGAGUAAAGCGGGGUUUUCAGGAGAAUCCUUCCCCAGAUGUGUCAUCCCAACUGCUGUAGGGAGGUUUCGCCACACCAGUCUAUUAGAUGGCGUAAAAGACUUUUAUUUCGGGAAGGAUGUGACGAAGAAUCGAGGAAUUUGUAACUUGAGUUGGCCUGUUAAAGGGGGCACCGUUCUUAACUGGACUGACAUGGAAAACUUUUCGCAUCAUAUAUUCUAUAGAGAGCUUCACGUGGCUCCCGAACAAUGUAAAGUUAUGAUAGCUAUACAUCCGCUGGCCACGAAGAAAGAGAAGGAGACGAUUGCUGAAAUCAUGCUAGAGACUUUCACCGUGAAAGCCUUGUACCUAGUCUCAUCGCCUGCUCUGGUGUUGACCGCAACUGGUAGAACUACUGGCGUGGUGUGGGAAUGUGGUGAUUCGUGCUCGUAUGUCACACCCGUGUUUGAAGGAUUCCCGUUGAAGAACGCAACGGUCACCUCUGCCGUAAAUGGAAAAGUCUUGACGGAAUAUUUCCAGAAAUUGUUGUCCGACGUUGGCUAUUCAUUUACCACUCCUGCGGAAAUAGACGUGAUUGAAAAGGCGAAGAUUGAUCUAUGUUACGUAGCUAGUAAUUACGAAGAAGAACUUAAAGAGAAUAUCUUUAAUAAGGAAAGAAUACAAUACAAACUUCCUGACGGCCAAUACAUACUAGUCGGUGAAGAAAAAUUUAAAUGUCCCGAACUAUUAUUCACUCCAGAACUCCAAGAAUCGAAAUAUACAAGUAUAGCUGACGAUAUAUACAAUUCUUUGACGCAAUGCGAUUUGGAUUACAAAAGUACUUUUUAUAGCAACAUAGUACUUUCGGGUGGAGGAACUAUGUUUGAAGAUUUACCGGGCCGCUUGCAGAUGGUGUUGAGUAAAAAAGUGCAUGUGUCUCCAGAAACGAGGGUAACUGUUGAGGCGCCAAGUUCUCGAAAUGUCUUGCCUUGGAUUGGUGGAUCAAUUUUAUCUUCAAUGGAGGCUGGUAGUGGAUUCUGGUUAAGCAGAGAUGAAUAUAAUAAUGUGGGUGCUAAAACAGUUAAUUAUAAGUUCAUGUUGUAAUAUUCAUAACGAGCUUAAUGGGAUCUCUCCACGUUGUCUGAUGAUGACCGAAUAAAGCCGACCAUAAACAUGAAUAUUCGUCCACGAGGUGUAACAAAACUAAUUGAUAACACUUUAG